CGGGCAGAAGAAGCCGUGCGGGCAGAGCAGAGUCAACACAGUGCUGCACUUAUCACCCUGUGUUUAUGCGGUUUGCGGAGGCUUUGUCGUCAACCCGAGCCGCUUGGUAAUGAGUCAUCACAUCUAUGUCACCUUAAACCGUUUUAUCCCUGCGUUAGCUGCGUUUUAGUUGUAACCGGAGCGCAUGGAGUCGGCGUUGAAAAGGUCGGUGAGGUGUUCUGCGGAUAAGAGAUCAUCCAGCUCAUGUUAGCUAGCCGCGGACUGUACGCUGUGGACUUGAGAGUGGAGAAGCUCGCUGCCCACUCGACACACGGACGGACAUCUACCUAAACAAUGGGCCUCAUAUUCGCCAAACUGUGGAGCUUCUUCUGCAACCAAGAGCACAAGGUGAUAAUUGUCGGACUAGAUAAUGCAGGGAAAACCACCAUCCUCUACCAGUUUCUGAUGAACGAGGUCGUCCACACGUCACCCACCAUCGGCAGCAACGUGGAGGAAAUAGUGGUGAAGAACACUCACUUUCUGAUGUGGGACAUAGGAGGGCAGGAGUCUCUCCGGUCCUCCUGGAACACCUACUACUCCAAUACAGAGUUCAUCAUUCUGGUGGUGGACAGCACAGACAGAGAGCGGCUGGCCAUCUCUAAAGAGGAGCUCUACAGGAUGCUGGCUCAUGAAGACCUGCGGAAAGCAGCUGUGUUGAUAUUUGCCAAUAAGCAGGAUAUGAAGGACUGUAUGUCUGCAGCGGAGAUCUCCAAAUACCUCACCCUGAGCUCCAUCAAAGACCACCCCUGGCACAUACAGUCCUGCUGUGCACUUACUGGAGAGGGUUUAUGUCAAGGCCUUGAGUGGAUGACCUCGAGGGCUGGACUCAGAUAGCCCCUCCUUCCACCGUCGAUGGCCUGACUACCUGCACCACCCACACGGUGGCAACUACAGCUUCUCCUUACUGGCUUAUUACUUUUUAUUUUUAUUUUUAAAUGACCAACUUGGACUUUGACCUCUGGAGACGGAGCAGCUUCGACACCUUCCACAUCUUAAGGGUUAUAGUGGAACCUGGUGUUUCUCCUAGUCGAUUUAAAAACCAGAACUGAUGAACUGAACUGGUUAUCUGGAACGAAAAGUCACUUUUACAGUAAAGGAAAAGCAUUUCAUUAAGUUAAGAGUGUGUCCAAGUGCAAAGCAGGGCUGUACUGGACAUCAUUUACACUACAUACAUAUCAUGUUACGUCACACCAUAUCAUUAAGAGAAUGCCAUAAACAUCACGUUGGUGCAGCUCUAUUAUUAUAAUUAGUUUGUUCAUGUUCAGGACAAACAAAGGGAUUACAAGCAGUAUUGUAAAACCAGUUUUGGUGGCACGAGGGAGUUUUUCAGAAUAAUGUUCUCAAUUUUUUUUCCAUUAUUGUUCUUAGCACAGCCAUUAAUAUCUGUUACACAUGGUUUCAGUUUCAUAAGCUACAAUGUUGAAGGUUAUUCUCACAAUAGAUUUUAUUGGUGAUGUAUUGAAAUGUGGUCAAGUAUGGAUCUCCCUUCUUUAAUAACAUGAGCCUGUACUUGUACGUUAUCGAGCCAAAAUGGUUGAGAGUGUUGGCAUGCAAAUAUUUUUUUCUUCAGCCAAUUAUUUCAUUUUUGCAAAGCAUUAAGUGGCUGAAACAUAAUUUCCAGUGCAAGUAUAACGCUCAGUUUUAAUAACAGUAUUUUAAAUUUAAACACUUUGUUGUGUCAAUGAUGCAUUAUGAUUUUUAUUUAAUUUUAUUCAUUUUAUUUUUGCUUUUAUAGGGAGUGCAGGUGUGCUUGUGGCGAGUUAGCAUCUCGACCUGUUUUGUAUUAACAGAUGAUCAUUGGUGCUCUGCAGGUGUGUGUGUGUGUGUGUGUGUGAGACUGAUCCACUGCAUUAUAAACAUUUCAUUCAUUUUCUGCAGCCAUUUUGGCGCAUAUUUCACUUUAAACAUUUUGUACUUUUUAAACAAAGGGAUCAGAAUAAGCCUCCCAUCAAACAGGUGCCACACAAUUACGGGGAAGUUGUUACUCGUCAACCAUUCUGGACUUUGACGGUUCAGUGGUUUAGUAGCAUUGAGAUGAUUUUAACUUAAUAUUUUGGCCAUCAUAUAGGUAAAAUACUUGAUCCUCAGCCUUAACCAUGUUGUUGUGAGUGUCUGGAGGACCAUAUGUGUAUGAAUCUGACAGUGUGCCCAUGAUAUUUUUUCCCUUGUUUCCCUCUUUGGCGCAGUAAAAGAAUCCCUUGAACAGAUCUAUGCACGCGUCACUUUGAAACCAUGUGUACCUUUUGCAAGUUCCACAGUGGCCAAAAAGGAGGAGGUGCACAAGUUUCAUUGAGUCUGAUUUAAAACUGUGAUGAAGAACUGGUGUCCAUCUUGAUGAGGGGGUGCCUCUGGGUCUCUACAGUCUAGUUUGUUUUGGGACAAGGUAUUUUUACACAAAGAGGAAAAAGGGUGAAACGUGCAGCCCUGAGACUCUGCAGAAUUAAGGUUUACAGCUUUUGCCUUGAUCUCACACAACAAGGGAACUGAUUUAUACCAUCACUGUGGUGGUGUCCAGUCUGGGUCAUGUACUGUAUUUCAGUUUUGUUUUAAAUAAAAGUUUGUUUUGAACUUUGAA